GGGUCUGCCCCUCUCGGUCUAGACGUCCGCCCCCAGCUCCGCUUCCGGAAAAGACUCGGUCUGUGGCGGAGGUAGAUCCGGCUGGGCGGGCGUGUCCGGGGCGUGCGCGGUGUUCCUCCGCGGCGGGCUAUGCUAACGGCCGGCGCUAACGGGUGGCGAGGCAAUCCGAGCAGGGGCCUGACGACAGGAGACAGAGGACGGAGGGGACUGCGGCACGGCUCUGCGGCGUGAGACGAUAGAAACUUCUAAGUGCCAGCACAUCUUGUCUGACUGGGAGCCAGGAGACCUCUUAGAAUUGGAUUUCCAGACGCUGGUCCCACCAUUCCCCACGCUGGUGCCCUUGGAGGUGUUCUAAAAGGAGCUGGGAGAAAGGCUCUGCAGAGACGGUUACUUGUCCCCAGAUGAACUUGUCGGGUUCAGCUCCCAACCGUCACCCAAGAGGCCCCAUAAUAAAUAGAAGGCAGCAACCGGUCAGAUCUUAGGGAAGACCCAGGGCCCCUGAGUUUCCCGCCACCUCUGGGUUGGUGACGGGCACGAGCAUCCCUCCAGGAGCACGCAGCGAGGCCGAGUCACGAUGUCCAACCCCUUCCUGAAGCAGGUCUUCAACAAGGACAAGACCUUCCGCCCCAAGCGCAAGUUCGAGCCGGGCACACAGCGGUUCGAGCUGCACAAGCGGGCACAGGCGUCGCUGAACGCGGGGCUGGACCUGAAGCUGGCAGUGCAGCUGCCCGCCGGCGAGGAGCUCAACGACUGGGUGGCCGUGCACGUGGUGGACUUCUUCAACCGCGUCAACCUCAUCUAUGGCACCAUCAGCGACGGCUGCACCGAGCAGUCGUGCCCCGUCAUGUCGGGGGGCCCCAAGUACGAGUACCGCUGGCAGGACGAACAGAAGUUCCGCAAACCCACAGCGCUGUCCGCCCCGCGUUACAUGGACCUGCUGAUGGACUGGAUCGAGGUGCAGAUCAACAACGAGGACGUCUUCCCUACCAGCGUCGGCACGCCGUUCCCCAAGAACUUCCUGCAGGUGGUGAGGAAGAUCCUGUCACGCCUGUUUCGUGUGUUCGUGCACGUGUACAUCCAUCACUUCGACCGCAUCGCGCAGAUGGGCUCCGAGGCGCACGUCAACACCUGCUACAAGCACUUCUACUACUUUGUCAAGGAGUUCGGCCUCAUCGACACCAAGGAGCUGGAGCCACUGAAAGAAAUGACCGCACGGAUGUGCCACUGAGGCCCCCUUGGCCCCACUGUUCCUGAGGCAGUGACAGGGCCAUCUCCCCGGAACAUGGACCGUGUUUUCAGGCCCAGCAGCUCAGUGACCUCCGCAGCCAUCGGACAGCAUGCUCUGUGCUGCCCAAGCUCCACUGAACACUGGCAUUGAGUUGUCUCUCUGAUUCCAAGGUGGCAGCAGCCAUGGAUCUACGCAUGGCAGGGCCCAGCCUCCCCGAGCUCUGCGGUGGGGAAGAGUGAACCUGGACUCUGGUUCUGUGUGCUGUGAGCGACCAGGAAAAUCCACUUCAUCUGUGAAGCACUUGCAUCUGCCCAGGGGCGAGCUCAGCCCCCACCCACCAGACACAGCAGGCCUGGCUCCACAUGCCCCUAACGUGCUCAGAGUGGGAGGGGACAGGCUGCGGGCUCCAGGUCAGCGAGACAGGAACCCGCCUCCACCAGGCCCCCCAUAGCCCGGUGUCUGUCACAGAGGUACGAUGUCCCCUGCUCCCUCCCCUCCUACCUUUCUUCCUCAGUCUCUUUCUGUUCCUUCAGUCCCUCCAAAACACUGGGCUCAUCUUUAAGGGCUUCCCAGAUCCCACACCUGCACCCCAGGUUUCCUGGGGCCUUUCACAUAUCAUGAAAGAUUGAGUUUUUUUGCAGUCUCCCUGACGACCACCUUGAGAUGUUGGGGGAAGAAAGUUUUCUACCUGUAAACAGUGAGCCCACCGCUCCUCUAGAUAAAUGCCCCUGUGUUCUGAAUAACACGAUGACCCUGCACAGAGCCUGGCUGCCCGCUUUGUGUAGAAACCUUGUUGUGGCCCUCCAUGGCCACGGGACGAGAGUCCCAGCACUGUCUCCACAGGAGGUGUGGCCAGGGCUUGUGUGAAGCCACUCGAAGUGACGGAAGGAAGCCAUAUAUUGCCCCCAGCUCCACCCUCCCUGCCCGCUGGUACCUGCAGUGGCCUAUCCCCUGGCAGCCCUUCCCCCAACCACACUUGCCUCUGGGGCCCUCCGAUGUCUGGGGUGCUCGCAGAGGAGAAGGGCGCUGUCACCCACACCAAACAAGUGUGAUUAUCAAGGCGUUGGCCCGGUCCUCCCAGACACCAGUGGGUCCACACGGACCCCGCAGGAUGCAGAAAACCGCCUUAAGGAAUGUAGCUCCUCUUAAAUGUAAAACCACGCCCAAACGCCAUCACCACUGUGCACCCCCAGAUCACCUGCUCUUACCUUCCGCCCGGUCAGGUCAGGGAAGGUGGUGGGGACUGUGGGCAGGGAGGGUCCUCUCCCACGCCUGUGGGUGUUCCCACAUGAGCAUCCAAAUAAAUUGUGCCAUUUUUGU